AUGCUAGAGGAGCUGCAAGUAAGGAACGUGCUAGCUAGUAAGGUGGUGGACGGGGAUGCCAAGGUGGAGACGGUCCAUAGGGAUCAAAGUGUGAUGGCAGAGGUGGAUCAAGAGGUCCAGGCUGAGGUAUUGCAUAAGGUGGUGGAGUGUGGUGGUGGGAUGAAUGAAUCUAGUACCAGCACUGGUGGCAGUGGGGGUGAUCUGGGUGGUCCAGGAGGUGGAGGUGACAGUGGAUCGUAUGGACCUGGUUCAGGCACUGGUGGUGGUGGUGGUGGGGGGGUGAUCCAGGAGGUCCAAGAGGUGGUGGAGGAGGAGCAUAAUAAUUAG